UGCUUGAGCUCUUCUCGCUAUAUUAUCUGAGAAUAAAACUGUUUCCGCAAUUCCUCGCAAAUCGUGGCAGAACAAAUAUCCGGCUCCUUCCCCGGAUUCGCUGUUGGGUCAUUAUACGCUAAUGGGUGGGCCGAUGUGCGUCCCCGCAUGCCCGAUACACCUUCGGACAUCGCGUUCGGCAGACAUGCGACAUCCGUUGAGCACCCAUCUUACAAUCAGAUCUCGCACUCCCGUAUACUAGAGUCCUUUGUCCCUUUUAGCCUGUCGACUAGUCGUUCAUUGUACAUAAUUACUUAUCGUCAUCUACAUCAUUCGCGGUCUCGGACUGUAGUCUACCAACGUCCUGAGAGACGAUAAUCGAGCGCAAUCACAGCAACGCGAUGCCAAAGACGGACGUUCUCAUCGCCGGUUCUGGCUCUGCUGGCAUCUUUGCAGCAACCUGGCUCGCGAUUUUCGACAUACCCUUUACCAUUCUAGAGAGACGAUCCGGGCCGUUAGAGAUUGGUCAAGCAGAUGGCGUUCAAGUCCGUACAGUAGAGAUCUACGAAUCAUUCGGUCUAUCAGAAGAGCUGUUACGAGAAGCGUAUCACAUACUGGAAGUGUGCUUUUGGGGGGUCGAUGAAGAUCGCAGCGGGAAUGCCAAAGCCGGUAUCAAGAGGAAGAGCAGAUCUAUUGACACCGAGAGAGGAUUGAGUCAUCUACCCCAUGUGAUACUCAACCAAGCGCGUAUGAAUGGUUUGAUGCUAGGAAAGAUGGAGAAUGUGCUGAAAGAGAAGGGGAAGUGGCAAAAAGGCACAAGCAAUGGCAUCGAGUACGGAUGGGCUGUCAAAGCUGUGGACAUUGACGAGAAGAGGAAGAACGACCCAGACGCGCAUUGCGUCAAAGUCACUGCAGAGAAAGAUGGAAAAGAGGAAGUCUGGGAAGCAAAGUACGUCCUAGGCUGCGAUGGCGCACAUUCCACCAUCCGGAAAGCCCUCGAUAUUCGCAUGCUGGGCGACACCUCCGAUACCGUCUGGGGUGUUAUGGAUAUCUACCCGCUCACAUCAUUUCCCGACAUUCGUCGUAAAUGCACCAUACACAGCGCAGCUGGCAACCUGCUCAUCAUUCCGCGCGAGGGCGGCCAGCUAGUGCGAUUCUACAUUCAACUACCCGCAGGCGUACAUCCCAAGGAAGUGAAACUGGCCGAUUUGCAAGACCAGGCUCGAAGGAUCUUUGCGCCGUAUGCCAUGGACUUUGCAGACGUAUUCUGGUGGAGCGCAUAUAGUAUCGGGCAGCGUCUCGCUUCUGCUUUUCAUGCUCACGACCGCGUUUUUCUGACUGGCGAUGCCUGCCACACGCAUUCUCCAAAAGCAGGCCAAGGGAUGAAUGUGUCGCUCCAGGAUGGCUACAACAUUGGCUGGAAGCUAGGAUCCGUCCUAUCCGGUCUCUCACCUCCAUCUCUGCUUUCGACAUACGUCUCCGAACGCAGCAAGACAGCAGCCGAUCUCAUCGCAUUCGACAAGGAGCUCGCCAAAAUGUUCAGCCGCAAGGAGAAAUACGAGGGUGAGUUUGCCGACUACUUCACGAAGAGUGGGCGUUAUAUGGCGGGCUUUACCGCGAGAUACGAAGACUCAAUGGUCACUAGUGGGAUGCGGAGCCAUGGUAGUAAGGCUACGGCAGUGACGGUGGGGAUGCGCUUUCCAAGUGCGCAGGUAAUACGAUUUUGCGAUUGCAAGGCUGUGCAGUUGCAAGGCGUGCUCAAGAGUGAUGGAAGAUGGCGAGUUAUCGUGUUUGCUGGGGAUGUCAAUCAAGCGGCGCAUCAGAGGCGGUUGGAUAAGCUAGCGAAAGCUCUCGAAUCAACUGCGCGUAGAUAUACAUCCACGGCGAAACACAUCGACAGCGUUAUCGAACCUAUCCUCGUGCUGAGUAGCGAGUUCCGCGACACCGAACAAGAGCGCAUACCAGACUACUUCUGGCCCAAGAGUGGGAAGUGGGGUAUACGUGAUCUUCACAAGACAUACCUUGACGAUGAACAUUACAACUCUGGUCAUGGACACGCUUACAAGAUUUACGGUGUUGAUCCGGAUGUGGGUGCUGUAGUGAUCGUAAGGCCAGAUCAAUAUGUUUCGGUGGUGACGACUUUGGAUGACUUUGAUGGUAUUGCGAAAUUCUUUGCAGGCUUUUUGAUCGAGCAGGCACCGACGACAAACAUGAGUGCAAGCGCGAAACUAUGAUAGACAUGGCUGGUACGGUGGUAGACUUUACAGUACUUGGGUGUUAGCCGGGACUGCACACACGUGCCGACCCCCGGACUCAAUGAG